AUUUUUCGAUAUCUCGACUGAUGGCGACAUGUGCGUGUUCGAUCAAAAUGGCCGCGUCCAUGGUUUCAGAUGUACAUACGUAAUUUACUUCGACGAAUAUUAUUGGUAGGUUACGUUAGUCGAUAGUGGCAAGUCAACAUGUAUUUCAAAUUAUACCAAAAACUAUUUAGUGGGUGCUCGAAACAAGCAGGUGUUACUGUGUCUCGAGUAUUGUUUAGUCAAUACCAUGCCGCUCAAGCCAAAAAGUUCCGGUCCGCGCGUUUAUAUUGGAGCGGAUUCGGUAUGCUACUUCUUGGAUGCACUUAUGCAGCUGUGCCUUUAUACAGAAUUUUUUGUCAGUCGUAUAGUUACGGAGGAACAGUGUCCGUUGGUCAUGAUGCCGAGAAGGUGAGUAAGAUGCAGCCAAUCAAGGAUAGGAUCAUCAAAAUAUCGUUUAAUGCGGACACGUCGGCAAUGAUGCAAUGGAACUUUAAACCUCAACAAAAUCAUAUAAAUGUCGUGCCUGGAGAAACUGCUUUGGCUUUCUACACAGCAAAAAAUCCACUGGAUGUGCCUAUCACCGGUGUAUCUACUUACAACGUUGUACCGUUCGAAGCGGGCCAGUAUUUCAAUAAAAUUCAGUGCUUUUGUUUCGAGGAACAACAGCUCAAUCCUCACGAAGAAGUUGACAUGCCCGUUUUUUUCUACAUCGAUCCGCAAAUCGUUGACGAUCCGAAAAUGGAGAACAUCGACGAGAUCUUGCUAUCGUAUACGUUCUUCCAAGCAAAACCGGGAAUGACUCUACCUAUACCGAAUUUUUUAAGGAAGGAUUAAUUGUAAAUACUAGAAAUGCGUUAGAUUUUAAAGAACAAAUAGAAUCAUAUCGUUAAAUAAAUGUCCAGUGUAUUCUU